AUGUCAAACAACAUUAAUCGUGUGAAAACAUCGUCGCAGAAGCAGUGCAUCAGCGACGAGACCGGGUCCGAGAGUGGAGGCAGUGUCGACGAAAGUCAAGUCGAUUCGAUAACAAGCGAGAUCGACGACGAGGAUGUGAGUUCUGGUGAUGCUGGGCAUGAACGGCAAGUGCAGGUCGCAACCAACAUCGCCGGGGAGUCCCAACCGCCGCAGAACUUCGGUGAAAUUAGCUUCAGCGACUCUUCCAAAAUUCAAAUAGGACACAGGAUCACGUACAGGGCCCCGGUGCACAUAACGCAGCACGUUUAUACAGGCCCGGUCGACGAAAAGAGGGUGGUCGAUGCACGAAACUUCGUAAAGCAGAACAUCGACAUUGGUAGUAAAUCUUCGGUCUCGUUGGAACCUGGGAAUUUUUUUUCCAGUAGCUGGUCGAAUGUCAAGAAGGUUUGCAGCGAUAUCUUCACUGGUACCAACUCGUCAGAAGUUCCACAUAAUGAAUCCACAUUUCGCUUACAAUUCGUCCAGCGCAACGAAUGGAACGCCGAGCGAGCCCGGGACCCGCCGGAGCCGCUGUCGACCCUGCCGGCGAUCUUAGUGAUAAUAAGUCACACGGUCACGAGGUUCUGCUUUCGCAAGGGCGACGGUGCCAGAAUCGUACUCAGCUGCCAGCAGCAUCACAAAUACGCCAACGGCUGGUCCGACAUCGGUUACAAUUUUCUCGUGGGCGGCGACGGCCUCGUCUAUGUCGGCCGGGGCUGGGGCGUCGUGGGCGCGCACACCCUGAAUUACAACACCUGCAGCAUCGGCAUCUCCCUCGUGGGCACCUUCAACGAGGUCGAGCCGAGUCUGCCUCAGCUCGCGGCCACGCGCAACCUCAUCGAGUACGACGUCGAGCACGGCCAUAUAGCGCGGGAUUACGCGCUGCUGGGCCAGAGACAGUGCCGAGACACCCUGAGCCCCGGCAAUGCAGCUUACAACAUCAUCAAGAGCUGGGAGCAUUGGUCGCCCGUCGUACCAUCGAUUCCGCGACGAUGA